AUGGGCCCCACCCAUCCUGUAUUGGCCCAGAGUGAGUCUAAAGGCAGGUUCUUCGAGCGCCUUGGCUUGGACAAAGACAAUGCAUCUGCCCGCGAUACUUACGCCAAGAUGAAGCAAGAAGCUAUAGACGCUCGCGUGCGUUUGACGGCGGCCCUUGCGAACGCCGGUGUGGAGCCACCAUACGAUCAUUCACAGAUUAGUGAAGCUACGCUACAAAGCGAGAUACAGAACAUCUACCAAUGUGCAGCACCCGAGACUCGAGCUCUUUACGUCCUUGGCCACGAUCGAGACCAGACUCCGCCAGGAAAUUGGGUAAUUAGGUGGAUGCUCUGGCACGCCUUCCGCUACCGAGACGGUCGUAACCGCAAUCGGAAGGUGAAUAAAGCUAGCAAUGGUGACAAAGGUGACAAGGGCGACACGGAAGCCUCAGCUCAUGGUCCGAGUGUGGGCUUGAUCUGUAGGUUCCAGCAUCAACUGGAGACAUAG